UGGAUUUUAAAAAAUUCAAAAAAUUAAAAAAAAAACUUUUCAUUUCCGUGUUUGUUCGUGUGUGUGUGUAUAGUAAUGCAGUAAUCAAAAGUAUUUUAUUCUUUCUACAUAUCAAAUUUGGCCCCAGAUCAAUGGCCAAUAGAGAUCAGUAUGAUGCAAAUCACCAUUAUCAACAACAACAACAACAAAGAUCUUGUAGAACGAUUGAUACUGGCAGCAGAAGCAACAACAACAACAACAGUAGAAGAAAUCAUAGCAGCAGCAACGGCGGCGGCAUCAACAGUAAUAGAAAUAGCAACAGUUUCAUUGGUAGUAGCAUCAAUAUGAUCAAUAAUAAUAGACGUAGCAAUAAUAAUAAUAAUCAGGAUUCAAAUAAUCAAUCAAAUCAUCAUCAUCAUCAUUAUUAUUAUAAUAAUCAACAUGAAAAUAAUACGGUAUUUGGAAAUGAAAGAGGUGGAAUAACAACACCAACGCCAUCAACAACAAGUUGGCGCCAAUCACAUAGUAGACGUAGAGAUAAUUUUACUAAUGGUAAUGGUGAUCAUAGUGGUGGUGGUGGUGGUGGUGCUGGUGGUGCUGGUUCUCGUGGUGGUAGUAAUAUCGGUAAUCAUAACAGUAUUAAUCAAAGUAGUAGCAAUGAUAAUAGUAGUAGUAAUCGUGCUGCAACACAUCGGCGACAAUUUGCACCAGAUAAUGAUUGGUUUCGUGAAUUACGUGAACAAGAAGAAUUGGAUCGCCGUUAUUCGGAACGUCUUCGCCGCUAUUAUCAACGACAAAAUGAACGUGUACAAAUGAAUGAACAAUUAGAACGUUUACGACAACAGCAACCGAAUCCAAAUCAACCUGUAUCAUUUGAAUUUUUUGAAGGUAUGCGUCCAUUUAUGGAUAAUCAUCAUCAUAAUAAUCGUCGUCAACCAAAUAAU